AUGGACUCUGAACCGGAAGCCCAUAAAUUUUGCAUUAUUAUUGGCGCUGGUGCAGGCGGCCUGAUCCAAGCAGCGGAACUGUUGCGAAAGAAAGUCCUACAACUGCAAGACAUACAAAUUCUUGAGCGGAACAGUGACUACGGUGGUGUAUGGAAAGCUGCAACUUACCCUGGGGCGGCUUGCGACGUAUUCAGUUGCACUUACCAGGUUAGCUGGCACCGAAAUCCAGACUGGAACUAUCUUUUCCCCACAGCCUCAGAGCUUGUCCAAUACUAUAAGAAUUUUGCGAAACAUUUUAACAUUACCGAUUGUACCACAUUUAACCAGAGCGUUACACAGGUGACUUGGUCUGAAGAACGGUCAUUAUGGGUUGUAGAUGUACUAGACGGGAGAUCUGGGGCGCACAAACGUUGGACUUGUCGCGUCUUGGUUCAGGCUGCCGGAACAUACAACAGGAUAUCCACACCUCAAAUUCCUGGGAUGGAUCGUUUCAAGGGCGACAUGUGGCAUGCCUCGGAGUGGCCAAUGCAUUAUCGUUUCACGGGCAAGACCGUUGCAUACGUGGGCACUGGACCAACCUCUGUUCAAGUGCUGCCAUAUAUCCAAGCACAAGCCAAAUCGGUCAAGGUGUUCUGUCGAAGCAUGACCUACUGCCAUCCAUUCAACAACUUCAAAUACCCAACCUUGGUUAAAUGGGUAUUUCGCUGUGUCCCUGGAGUUCUUGCUUUAUACGCAUUCCUGGUUGCAAAUCUCUUUGCAAUCUGGGCUUAUUUCGCCUUUCGACCUGAAUCAUGGAUUGCCAAGAACACAGAGCGUUACUGCCGUCGGCAUUUAAAAAGGCAGGUCUCUGAUCCUAUUCUCCUCCAACAAUUGACUCCCACUGGACGAUUUGGGUCUAAGAGGCCGCUGGUCUCACUUUCGGGCUUUUUUGAGACUCUCCAAAAGAACAAUGUGGAGGUAAUUAGCAACUCCAUUGUUGCUGUGGAUGAGGCUGGUAUUAUCACCAAACGGCCGCAUACAAGCGAUAUUCAACACUCGCAUAUCGAAGCAGAUGUUAUUAUCUGGGGCACUGGGUUCAAAAUGCAGGGCUGGGGUGGCGCAGUACCUACGAUAGGCCGCAAUGGUCAACUUCUUAGCGAGCACUGGAGAGACUCUCCCAAUGCAUUAUACGGGACUAUGACAUCUGCAUUUCCCAAUCUCAUCUUUAUGAAUGGGCCUAAUACAACAACGCCUUGGGGAAGCUUGAUCGGAGGGCUGGAGAUGCAGGCAGCUUUCAAUCGCAAGGUCAUCCGACUCAUUCACCAAAAGUCGAUUAACAACCCUUGUUAUGCCCUAGAGCCCCGUCAAGACAUGGAAGAAGCAUGGACAACGUCUAUGCAAGCAGAGCUUGACAAAUUGGCUACCAGUCCGGAAUAUGGUCCAGCCUUUUAUUACUUGAACGAAAAAGGACAAAAUACCUUCUUUUUUCCGUGGACCCAGCAAUACUACCGAUGGAAGACAAGAAGACUGGACGUUGCUCAGUAUGUUGAGUCGGGGAUGACAGAGUUCUAA